AUGCAGUACGUUCGGAGCAUCAGUGGUUCUGUCUCCAAGACAUGGAAUUCGAUCAACCCGGCUACCCUUAGUGGGGCUAUUGAUGUUAUUGUUAUAGAACAAGAAGAUGGCACCCUCGCCUGUUCGCCCUUUCACGUCCGUUUUGGCAAGUUCUCGCUCUUGCGUCCCUUCGAGAAGAAAGUUGAGUUCAAGGUCAACGGAAUCAAGCAAGACUAUGCUAUGAAGCUGGGAGAAGGGGGCGAGGCAUUCUUUGUCUUCGAAACGACCGAUGACAUCCCCGCAUCGUUGCAGACUUCGCCUUUGGUCUCUCCAGCAGCCAGUCCUCGAGCCCAGAGCGAACCGGAUAUACCGCCCUCUCUGCAGGAACCCGAGUUCCUCGACUUGGACAAGUCAAAUGCAGAUGCAUUGUCAGAAGGCGCAAAGACUCCGCCUACCAUCCCCAUUGCAAACAAGGCGCGGGCCCACACAGAUUUAGGGAUAAUAACCCCGCUAUCACGAUCACCCGACGAAUCAGAUCUUCACUCACGAAAUGGUUCGCUGAGUGGCAAGCCACCACUUGACCAUACAACCUCCGACAAUGUGCUUCCGAAAAGCUCACCGCGGCACUCUUUGACCGCCCCGCCCGAGAGCAGCGGCCUUGAGGAGGACGAGAAUGAGGAUGAAGCAACGCGACGUUCUCGCAGUCCUCCUCUCAUGUCUCCCCAGGAGGCAGUAUCUCGUGCCAUCUCGCUCUCAAAGAAGCUCUCUGGCUCCAAUAUCCCAUCACAUGUUACUGAAACAGGAGACUUGAUGUUGGAUAUGACUGGAUACAAGAGCAACGAAGAAGAUGCACUUCGUGCAGAGGUUGUUGCACGCAAGAUCCUCGCGGAGGAACUGGAGGGAAGCUAUGAUAUUGGUGCUCUUAUUGGUGCCGAUGAACACGGAAAUCUGUGGAUCUACAGCAGCGAAGAAGCCAAGGACUUGGCUGACCGCAGAGCCACACUCAAUUCUAUGCGGCCGGAGACGGCUUUGAGUGACGAUGCGCUGUCUGAUCCGGGAUAUCAUAGCGAAGGCGACCACGCUAUCCCAGAGCCAUCUUUGACAGCACGCCACCAUAGAACCAAGUCGGAUGUUCAACCUGGAUUCCCCACACCCCCAGACUCGCCGUUGCAUGAGGGUUUCGCAGUCGAAACCCGGAACUACGCUAAGACUCUCCGAUUGACGAGCGAUCAACUCAAAGCCUUGCAACUGAAGGCAGGCCCCAACACAAUGUCUUUCAGUGUCAACAGAGCAAUUUGCAGUGCAAACAUGUACCUUUGGAAUGGCAACACUCCCAUCGUGAUUUCGGAUAUUGAUGGAACCAUCACCAAGUCUGAUGCAUUGGGCCAUGUUCUUAACAUGAUUGGACGUGACUGGACCCAUGCGGGUGUUGCUAAGCUAUACACCGACAUAGUGAACAAUGGGUACAAUAUAAUGUAUCUCACCAGUCGAUCUGUUGGUCAAACAGACACUACACGGGCUUAUUUGCACGGCAUCAACCAAGAUGGAUAUAAGCUUCCAAGAGGACCAGUGAUCUGCAGCCCAGAUCGUACAAUGGCGGCCCUGCGGAGAGAAAUUUAUCUCAGAAAACCCGAGGUCUUCAAGAUGGCAUGUCUGCGGGACAUUCUCAAUUUGUUUUGUGGCAAGGAGAACCCUUUCUACGCUGGAUUUGGAAACCGAUUGACAGAUGCAUUGAGUUAUCGCUCUGUCAACAUUCCAUCCACUCGGAUCUUCACCAUCAACUCCAAUGCCGAGGUUUCGUUGGAUUUACUGAGCCUCAACAAAUAUAAGAGCAGCUACGUGACUAUGCAAGAGCUGCUCGACCAUUUCUUCCCACCAGUCACACUUCUUGUGCAUUCUGGAGGUGAAGAAUACACGGAUUUCACCUACUGGAGAAAUACACCUCAAGAGCUUGAAGACUUCUCUACUACCGAUAGCGAAGACGAAGAUGAUGAUGACGAUGCUGCUGAAGACGAUGAAGAUGGAGAUGAUGAGGAAUACGACGACGACCUGAGCGAGGGGGAAGGCAGCGAAUAUCUCGAUGACGCUGAAGCCACCGAAGAAGAUCUCGGUGCAAGCUACAUGUCACAAGAUUCAAUUGGCGUGUCUAACCCAGCAGGCUCAAUCCUGGAGUCCGUGGAGGGUGAUUUGGAUGUUGAAGAAGAGGCCAUUGGCGAAGAGGAGUUGACUCCUAUGAUUGAAAACGCCCAGGAUCCUAUUGACUCCCCCGCCAUUUCUCUUCCCAUUCGUUCCAAAUCCCCCAAGACUCCCUGA